CCCUCGGCGUCCCGCUCCCGCCCCCGGCUUCGCCUCCCGCUGCCGCCGCCGCUGCCGCCGCCGCCGCUUCCCGCGGCCUGGGUCUCCCGCCGCCAGCAUGCCGCACGCCUUCAAACCCGGGGACUUGGUGUUCGCCAAGAUGAAGGGCUAUCCGCACUGGCCGGCCCGGAUCGAUGACAUCGCCGACGGUGCUGUGAAGCCGCCCCCCAACAAGUACCCCAUCUUCUUCUUUGGUACACACGAAACAGCCUUCCUGGGACCUAAGGACUUGUUUCCCUACGACAAAUGUAAAGACAAGUACGGGAAGCCCAACAAGAGGAAAGGCUUCAAUGAGGGACUGUGGGAGAUCCAGAACAAUCCCCACGCAAGCUACAGCGCCCCUCUGCCCGUGAGUUCCUCUGAAAGUGAGGGCCCCGAAGCUGACCCGGCAGGCGGGAGUGAGGACGACGAGGACCGGGGAGUCAUGGCCGUCACAGCCGUGACCACAGCUGCCAGCGACAGGAUGGAGAGCGACUCAGACUCAGACAAGAGCAGCGACAACAGCGCCCUCAAGCGGAAGGCGUCGGCCUUGAAGAUGUCAGUCUCAAAAAGAGCGCGAAAGGCCUCCAGCGACCUGGAUCAAGGCAGCGUGUCCCCAUCCGAGGAGGAGAACUCGGAAAGCUCCUCCGAGUCAGAGAAGACCAGUGACCAGGACUUCACCCCUGAGAAGAAAGCCGUGGUCCGGGCGCCACGCCGGGGCCCCCUUGCAGGACGGAAGAAAAAGAAGGCGCCGUCGGCCUCCGACUCAGACUCCAAAGCAGAAUCCGACGGUGCCAAGGGAGAGCCAGUGGCCGUGGCCAGGUCGGCGUCCUCUUCCUCCUCCUCCUCCUCGUCUUCCUCCGACUCGGAGGUGUCGGUAAAGAAACCACCGCGGGGCAGGAAGCCAGCCGAGAAGCCUCCCCCGAAACCCCGCGGGCGGAAACCGAAGCCCGAACGGCCCCCGAGCAGCUCGAGCAGUGACAGCGACAGUGACGAGGUGGACCGCAUCAGCGAGUGGAAGCGCCGGGACGAGGAGCGGCGGCGUGAGCUGGAGGCGCGGCGGCGCCGCGAGCAGGAGGAGGAGCUGCGGCGGCUGCGCGAGCAGGAGAAGGAGGAGAAGGAGCGGCGGCGUGAGCGGGCCGAUCGCGGGGACGCCCCGCCCACGGGCAGCGGGGGCAGCAGUGGGGACGAGCUCCGGGACGAGGACGAGCCCGUCAGGAAGCGCGGCCGCAAGGGCCGGGGCCGGGGGCCCCAGUCCUCCUCCGACUCAGAGCCCGAGGCCGAGCUGGAGAGAGAGGCGAAGAAAUCAGCUAAGAAGUUGCAAAGCGCGGAGCCCGUGAGGAGACCCAGCCAGAAGGAGAAGAGAGGGCGCUCCGAGGAGAAGCCCCGCGCCAGGCCUGUCAAGGAACGAACUCGGAAGCGAUCGGAAGGGUUCGCCCCGGAUCGGAAGGUCGAGAAGAAGAAAGAACCUUCCGUGGAGGAGAAGCUCCAGAAGCUUCACAGCGAGAUCAAGUUCGCCCUGAAGGUCGACAACCCGGACGUGAAGAGGUGUCUGAACGCCCUUGCAGAGCUGGGGACCCUGCAGGUGACCUCGCAGAUUCUCCAGAAGAACACAGAUGUGGUGGCCACAUUGAAGAAGAUUCGCCGUUACAAGGCCAACAAGGAGGUGAUGGAGAAGGCCGCGGAGGUCUACACCCGUCUCAAGUCGCGGGUCCUGGGACCAAAGAUUGAGGCCAUCCAGAAGGCGACCAGAACCGGGCCGGAGAAGGAGAGAGCCGAGGCGGAAAAGGCCGAGGAGGUGCUGGCCGGAGAGGAGGCCCCCACGGAGAGAGCGGAGGACGAGGCGAGCGCUGACCUCUCAGCCCCGGUGAACGGUGAGGCCACGUCUCAGAAGAGUGAGAGCACAGAGGACAAGGAGCAGGAGGAGGAACAGAACUCGGAGGAGGGGCCGGGCGGGGGCUCCUCUGAAGACCUGUUACACAACGAGUAAGUGUCGCAGGGGCCACGGCCAUGGGGGCGACUUCCCGAGAGAGGGGGCAGCGUGAAGGGCACCUGUGUCCCAGCUGCUCCCAGUGGGCUGCUCGUCUGGUAAGAGUCGCAGACACUGUGU